UCUAAAGUGUUCGGUUGUUUAAUGUUAAUAGUGCCCCUUUAAAUUAAUCUAACGCGUUAAUUAAUUGUUUAUGUUAAAAUAUUUUUGUUUAAUAUUAUUAAGAAAAUGUUAAUUUAUAUUUGUAUAUAAAAAUAUUAAUGAAAAGUGUUUUUGAAAUUAGUGAAAAAAGCAUUAGAAAAUUUGCAAAACCAAAAAAGCAGAAUUUGCCAAAUAUAUUCAUGCAAUUGUCGCCGUUUUUUGUUUCCAUGGCCCUUCGUAAGCCGGCAAACAGUGGGAGAGUUAUGGACAGAAAGAGAGUGUUGUUUAGUGACAGUGCAAGAGGGGCUAAAGCAUUAAUAUUAUGUUGUUGUUAUUACAAAUUUUUGAAGAAUUUAAUAAAAAGCAAAAUCAUUUAGCUUAAUAGAAUAUGGCGGCAAAAUGUGAGAAAAAAAGUAGUAGUGUUUUUGCUGUAAAAUAAGGAAGCAACGACAACGACUACAACAAUGAUUGAGAGUAAUGUCGUGUUAUUGUUACUUAAUUCAAGCGGAAAUAAUCAUAAAACAAACCAUGAUGUUGAUAUUAGAAAAUAAAUGAAGGCUGGCUGUUCUUUUUCAAGAAAGAAGAAGGAAGAAGUGUAACAAGAACAGCUACAAACUGAACCCACUAACUAAGCAAGCAACCACCGAAAGGCUUGAUUAUAUAACCAGGAAAAACAAACAGCAGCUUCAGCAAAGACUUUAUAACGAAUUCUUAUAAAAAGAUGCGACUCAUUUCUCUACCACACAACAGCGUCGCCAUGCGGCCUCUCAGCUCUAGUAUUAUCAUAGCUUUAUGCUCUCUUGUCAUUCUCCUGCCCUCGUCAGUCUCCGGCCGCAUGGCUUUCGAGAAACUAACAGAUUUCGACUUUGCCGGCACCACUUAUUACAGUGUAAAGAAUCUCUCUUUAUACGAGUGUCAGGGCUGGUGUCGCGAAGAGGCCGAUUGUCAAGCAGCCGCCUUUAGUUUUGUAGUCAAUCCUUUGUCGCCCUCGCAGGAGACCCACUGUCAACUGCAGAAUGAUUCGUCGGCUCAUAAUCCCUCGGCAGCGCCUCAGCGUUCGGCCAAUAUGUAUUACAUGGUGAAGCUGCAAUUGCGCAGUGAGAAUGUUUGCCAUCGACCCUGGUCCUUUGAGCGUGUGCCCAAUAAGGUUAUACGUGGUAAUGAUAAUGCUCUCAUCUAUACCAGCACUAAGGAAGCUUGUCUCUCGGCCUGUCUUAAUGAAAAGAGAUUCGUGUGUCGUUCGGUGGAAUACGAUUACAACAGCAUGAAAUGUGUGCUCUCCGAUACCGAUAGACGUUCUGGCGGCCAGUUUGUUCAGCUAGUAGAUGCCCAGGGUACCGAUUACUUUGAAAAUCUCUGCCUCAAGCCCCAGCAAGCCUGUAAAACUACUCGUACCUUUGCCAAUGCUCGAGUAGGAGUCUCUGAGGAAAAGGUCGCCCAAUAUGUAGGACUCCACUAUUACACCGAUAAGGAACUACAAGUUACCUCUGAAUCCGCCUGCCGCUUGGCCUGUGAAAUCGAAUCUGAAUUCUUGUGCCGUUCCUUCUUGUAUUUGGGUCAACCUCAGGGAGCUCAAUAUAACUGCCGUCUAUAUCAUUUGGAUCAUAAGACCCUGCCCGAUGGUCCCUCCACUUAUUUGAAUCAUGAACGUCCCCUUAUCGAUCAUGGCGAACCUAUUGGUCAAUAUUUUGAAAAUGUUUGCGAUAAGUCAGGUGCUACUACUAACUCAGCUGUAGGUGGUCCAGUGGGAGGUCCUUCAUCUCUGGAUAAAUUAGAUACUUUGCCCAUUACUUUUGAUACGACCGAGGAUCCUAACUUGAAUAUUACACGUAAUGAUGUGAAUUGCGAUAAGACUGGUACCUGUUAUGAUGUUUCCGUCCACUGCAAGGACACCCGCAUUGCUGUACAGGUACGCACCAACAAACCCUUCAAUGGCCGCAUUUACGCUUUGGGUCGUUCGGAAACCUGUAACAUUGAUGUCAUCAACUCCGAUUCCUUCCGUUUGGAUUUGACUAUGGCUGGCCAGGAUUGUAAUACACAAAGUGUGACCGGUGUCUACUCCAAUACCGUGGUAUUGCAACAUCACAGCGUUGUCAUGACCAAGGCCGAUAAAAUCUACAAAGUCAAGUGUACCUACGAUAUGAGCUCUAAGAACAUUACCUUCGGCAUGAUGCCCAUACGUGAUCCUGAAAUGAUUCACAUCAACUCCUCACCUGAAGCUCCUCCACCAAGAAUUCGCAUUUUGGAUACACGUCAACGUGAAGUUGAGACUGUGCGCAUUGGUGAUCGUUUGAACUUCCGCAUUGAAAUUCCUGAAGAUACUCCCUAUGGCAUUUUUGCUCGUUCUUGUGUAGCCAUGGCCAAGGAUGCUCGCACCAGUUUCAAAAUUAUCGAUGAUGAUGGUUGUCCCACCGAUCCCACCAUUUUCCCUGGUUUCACCGCCGAUGGCAAUGCUUUACAAUCGACCUAUGAAGCUUUCCGUUUUACCGAAAGCUAUGGCGUAAUCUUCCAAUGUAAUGUUAAAUACUGUUUGGGUCCUUGUGAGCCUGCUGUGUGUGAAUGGAAUAUGGAAUCGUUUGAAUCUUUGGGUAGAAGACGUCGUCGUUCGGUGGAAAGCAAUGAAACCAAGGAAGCCGAUGAGGAUAUGAAUAUUUCUCAAGAGAUUUUGGUUUUGGACUUUGGUGAUGAGAAACGUGAAUUCUUCAAAUCAGAUCCUAGCACAGAUUUUGCUAAAGAUAAGACUGUCACCAUUAUUGAACCCUGCCCCACUAAGACCUCUGUCUUGGCUUUGGCUGUCACCUGUGCUUUGAUGAUUCUCUUGUACAUUUCCACCUUGUUUGUGUACUAUAUGAAAAAAUGGAUGCAACCCCAUAAAAUUGUAGCAUAAGUAUUUUAUUUAGUUUAAAACACACACACAUAUACACUUACAUUUUAACAAACAAAACAAUAUUAGUUAACUAACUAUUACUUCUAACUAACUAUUACACUAUUUAACAAGAUAAAAGCUUAACAAAAAAAGGACAAUAGAUUUUAAGCUUUUUUUGCCAGGCAAAUUUUGAAGAGUAAAUGAGGAAAGGCAAUCGAUAAAUUUAAUUAAAUUUUAAGUUAUUUUUAAAAAAAUAGAUUAAACUAUUUUUAACUUAAAACAAUUUAUUAAAAACUUAAGCCUUAAACGAACACAGAAAAUAGAAAGCUUUUAAGCUUUUUUUAGGGGUUAUAAAGCUUUUUGGUCUAAUAGGUUUCUAAAAGGUUUCAAAGUCAUUUAAAAACUAUAAUUUCCUUUAAAAAAGCUUUAAAAGCUUUUUUUUUGAACAAGCACAAACUGGCUUUAACUAUCACUUUUUAAACACACUUAAGCAAUUAAAGCUUUUGGUCUAUUUUUUAUUAAUAACAAAUCACUUUCUAUGAAGUUUUAAUUUAAACUACAAAACUUUAACAAAUUAAAAUUAUGUUAAAACUUCCAUAGAGACUGAUUUUCUUAAAAAAAAAAACAACUUACAAACUAAAGCUUUUCAGGCUUAUGUAUUAAUUAUUUCCUAUUUUUUUUUAAUAAUUUAUUUUUAUAAUUUAUUACUUUACAAAUACUUUACCCCUCCCCCCUUAACUUUAAACCACAUUAUAAUUUAUUUAUUUAAAAAAAA